CCGUCAUGUUCCAAAUUCGCCUUGCGCCCGUGACUCACGUGCUCUUGAAUGGACACAUGCCGCCUGUGGUGGAUGAAGCAGCAUUCGCGAAUUUCUCGUCGGUCUGAAAAUGUUGACUUGGCGCACCAUCCUUGCGACGGCCAUGGUCACGACCAUGUCUCGCGCCCAGGAAUUCACGGGCGAUGGUACUGGGUAUGUACUUGACAAACCGAGCAGCGGGAAUUGUAACUUUAUGAAUGUCCCCGAAGUCGUCUCGACCAACUACGUCGCGCUGGCCACGGAGCGCUUUGCGCGCACCGCGGCAUGUGGCAAGUGCAUCCAAGUACGAUGCACUGACGUUCAGUGCAAUGGCGCGACGGCCACCGAAACGCUGUACGUCGUGGACCGUUGCCCAGAAUGCGCCAAGGACGACCUCGACUUCUCCCGCGAAGUGUUUCUGAAACUCACCGGCGGCAUCGAGCCUGGCCGCCUCAAGAUGACGUGGUCGUAUGUGACGUGUCCACACUCGUCCGACAUCGUCAUGUGCAAGAAACCCGGCAGCAACGCGUUUUGGCUCGCCGUCCAACCCGCUGGUGCAGUCACCGGCGUCAGCUCUGUGAAAAUCAACGGCAAGUCUACGGGGAUGGUCGACUCUGCGUAUUACUUCAAACUCGAAUCCAGUCCUGCCGUCGACUUGAGCAAAGUGCAGUUUGAACUGACCCCUGACAAUGGCGGCGACGCCAUCACGACCACCCUCGACAUGACCAAGGAAGGAUGCGUGCCAACUGGCAAGCAGUUUGGCCGCUCUGGCGGCGCCCCGCCGCCGCCGCCACCGCCACCGCCAUCUCCUCCAGCUUCGUCGUCCGCGGUUCCAGUCACGACAUCGGCUCCAGUCACGACAUCGGCUCCAACCACGACAUCGGCUCCAGUCACGACAUCGGCACCGUCGACGACGAAACUUGCUGCGACAUCUGAAUCCACCAACAUACCGGAAGUCGUCACCACGGAAGUGGUCGCUAACGUCACCACGAUUGCGCCAACUCCAGUCGCCACAACUUCCGAAGUCACCACGUUGCCCCCUCCAUUGGAAGAGGCAACGACUACGCUCCCGGUAUUGACCAGCGUUGGUCUGGACAGCCCUGACGCCAGCCCAUCAACGACCAAGCAGCCGACGUCGUCGCCUCAAGGCGUUGAGAUCUCGGUGCAAGCCCAGUCCGAAGACCGCGGGCUGGACUUGGGGUACUACUUCUUGCUGGCCGGCGGUUGCAUCAUGGCCGGGGUCGCCCUUGCCGUCAUCGUGCACAUCCGACGAAAGAAGUGGGACGAUGAAAAGGAAAGCGACUUGGGCUUCAACGACGCGCAGACUGCGAUCGCCGCGCGACGGACCGACGAAAGCAUUGCCAUUCUGUAGAAUAUUAAGUAAUGCAGUUGUGUUUUCUUGAAUAUACCAGUACAAAUG